AUGAAUGGAACCGAAGGCCCCAACUUCUACGUGCCCAUGUCUAACAAGACUGGGGUGGUGCGCAGCCCAUUCGAUUACCCUCAGUACUACCUGGCUGAGCCUUGGAAGUUCUCUCUCUUGGCUGCCUACAUGCUGUUCCUCAUCAUCACUGCUUUCCCCAUCAACUUCCUCACCCUUUAUGUCACUGUCAAGCACAAGAAACUGAGGACCCCCCUAAACUACGUUCUGCUCAACCUGGCGGUGGCUGACCUCUUCAUGGUGGUCGGGGGGUUCACCGUCGCCCUCUACACAGCCCUGCAUGGAUACUUUGUCCUUGGGGUCAACGGCUGCAACAUUGAAGGGUUCUUCGCCACCUUGGGAGGGGAGAUUGCCCUUUGGUCUCUGGUGGUAUUGGCCAUUGAACGCUACAUUGUGGUCUGCAAACCAUUUAGCAACUUCCGCUUUGGGGAGAGACACGCCAUUAUGGGACUGGCAUUCACGUGGAUCAUGGCCUUGACCUGUGCUGUGCCUCCUCUGUUGGGAUGGUCCCGGUACAUCCCAGAGGGCAUGCAGUGUUCCUGUGGGAUUGACUACUACACUCCUAAGCCCGAGCUCAACAACACCUCAUUUGUCAUCUAUAUGUUCGUCCUCCAUUUCUGCAUCCCUCUCAUCAUCAUCUUCUUUUGCUACAGUCGUCUGCUCUGCACUGUCCGGGCGGCCGCAGCCCAGCAGCAGGAGUCUGAAACCACCCAGCGAGCAGAAAAGGAAGUGACACGCAUGGUAAUCGUCAUGGUCAUCUCCUUCUUGUUAUGCUGGGUGCCUUAUGCCAGUGUGGCCUGGUACAUCUUUGCCAAUCAGGGAGCUGAAUUUGGACCGGUUUUCAUGACCGCUCCGGCCUUCUUUGCCAAGAGUGCCGCACUCUACAACCCAGUCAUCUACAUUCUUCUGAACAGACAGUUCAGGAACUGCAUGCUAACCACAGUUUGCUGCGGAAAGAACCCGUUCGGAGAGGAAGAGAGCACCACCACCGUCUCAUCCAAAACCCAAACCUCCUCUGUCUCCUCCAGCCAGGUCGCCCCUGCUUGACUUACAACCCCUGUUCCCUUUAAGGAAAUUUCUGAUGUUUUUUUAACCUUAGCUCUAUUUUCCUUCUGUUAGGAG